AGAUAACCACAAAUCAGCUGUUCAGAUUGUUGACGUCUAACGUGCAGGAAGUUAUUUUCACAAUUUCAACAGAAUGCCGCAAAUAAAAGAAACUAGCCACGAUUUUGAUGUGGUAAAGUAUUUCUUACAGCUCCUCGAUGAGGACAAGGAUCUGUCAUCAGGUAUAGCAGCUAUAAGGACACUGCUCAUGAUUUUGGAGAAGAAACAGUUUGGAACUAUUCACAUUUUACACACAACGAUGAGGGAUGCGGUAGCCGCCAUGCGAAACACGGAUCUGUCAAUUGCUGCCAUCGUGUCCGCUGGAGAGCUGUUCUGCCGGUUUAUUACCCUCAGUUUAGAUGACAAGCACAUGGAGGAGUGUCGGCAGAUUAUGCUGAACCGGGGGAAAAUAUUUCUCACGAAGCUCCUAAACUCCCGGCAGGUAAUUGCCCAACAAGCUCAAAGGUUCAUCAGCGACGGCUGCCGUAUACUGACCCACUCCCGCUCCAGAGUCGUCCUUAAAGCACUUAUCACUGCCUCGCAAAACAAAAAGUCUUUUCACGUCUUCGUUACACAGGGAGGCACUGGCAACCCAGGCGAGGAAAUGGUUCGAGAACUUAACGCAGCUGGCAUUGAUUGCACUCUGAUUCUGGAUUCAGCUACUGGCUAUGUGAUGGAAUCUGUGGACUUUGUGUUGGUUGGAGCUGAAGCAGUGGUGGAGAGUGGCGGUAUUAUAAACCGAAUUGGAUCCUACACCAUGGGCUUAUGCGCUCGUGAAAUGAAGAAACCUUUCUACGUACUAGCAGAGAGCUUCAAGUUUUCUAGACUAUAUCCCCUUAACCAGAGGGACCUACCCAAUGAGUAUAAGUACUCCCGCAAACACCUGCACGACGUGUCCAAAGUGCACCCACUCGUAGACUACACGCCACCCGUCUACAUUACUCUUCUCUUCACCGAUCUUGGAAUUCUGACACCCUCUGCCGUAAGCGACGAAUUGAUCAAGCUGUACAUGUAAAUGGGAAAUAAACGCAGCUCAUACACUGUGUUUCUGUUUAA